AGAAUGACGGUUAGAAAAUCUUCUACAGUGUAUAUAACAUUGGUCUAACAGCUUGUGUGCUAAAUUAAUGCCAUGAGUUUUUUUUUUUUCCUUUUUUCUUUCUUGAAAUUUUUCGUUUUGAUAAGGAAACUAAUUUGGUCUUAUAACUUUGGAUAUAUAAUAUUUUAAAUGGAAAGAGUUAAAAAUAAGAAAAUCAAAUAGGAAAUUGGAUAAUAGAACCAAAUAGGAAAAAAGGAAGAGGUUCUUAAACAGAUAUAUACUACUCAAGAAACAUAAUCUGUUAAAAAAAAAGAAACAUAAUCUGUUCGUCUAUAUUCGAAAACCCUAAACAACACCCAUAUCCACCAAAACUCACAAAUUGAUAAUGUCAGAAGUAACAUCCAGCGUUAAAUUAGACCAAAAAAAACAUCCAGCGUUAAAAUAUCACGAUGUGGGGAUAAAGAAUCCAAAACUGUCCUAGGCUGUGGGCAAGUUUCUCAGGAGUGCGGUGCGAUUGAUGAGUGCUGUUGGGUCGAACGCAAAACUAUUCAGAUACAAGAUAACAUAUGGCUUGAAGGAGAUCCUGGCUUCCCAAUACUAGAACAAUGCUUCCCAAAACUAGGAAACUGGAGAAUACGGUUGAUAAAAAAAAUGGAUUGUGUUACACCAAGAAGAGGACACGCAACAGAAUGAUGAUGUCUGAUCUACCAGAUGAUUUGUUAGAGGAGAUACUAUGUCGCAUUGAGGCUACAUCUCUGAAACGCUUACAAUCUACUUGCAAACGAUGGAACCAUUUAAUCAACAAUAGGAGAUUCACAAUAAAACACUUCGAAAAAGCUGCAAAGCAGUCUCUGAGUCUCAUGCUGAAUCCGAAUGGGGUUUACUCGGUGAGCAUCAAUCUCCAUAGAUCUUCACCUGUAGAGGUCACGGAAAAAAUUGACCUGAUCUAUCCUCAUUCAAGUUUAGAUGAAUGCAGGAUCUCUGAAUACUGUCAGACUGACGGCUUAUUGCUAUGCGUCUGCAUUAACGAUGUGUUUGAUUUCUCUAACAUGUAUAAUCAAGAUGCUAGGUUUGUGGUAUGGAACCCGUGUACUGGUGAAACCAAGUGCAUCCAACCCAGGUAUCCUUCCACGCUAAGCCACACCUAUUCUCUUGGAUCCUACAAAAACAAAAAAUCCAACGAUAUUAGCUACAAAAUAUUGAGCCAGUGGGGUUGUGGCGAAAACCAAGAAUUCGAUAUCUACGAUGUUAGCUCUAAUUCAUGGAGGACUCUCCAUGUCACUUUGGACUGCAGGUUUGAGUUCUUUAGUAACGUGUCUUUGAAGGGAAAGACUUAUUGGUUUGCAUCAGAUGAAAAAGAGAAACAGCUCGGCAUAUUCUUAGUCAGUUUUGACUAUACAACUGAAACAUUUGGACGUCUUAGUCUUCCCCAUCAGCAUCCUAGCUAUCAAACAAUGUCUCUAUCUGUUGUUGGAAAAGAGAAGCUUUCCGUGCUAUUACAACACAAAAUUUCAUCGAAGACAGAGAUUUGGGUGACAAAUAAGAUUGGUGACACUAAAGUGGUGUCGUGGAUCAAGGUCUUAGCAGUCGAUUUAAAGCCUGGGCUUGAUACUUAUCAUUGCAUAAGUUUCUUGGUGGAUGUCGAGAAGAAAGUCCUAGUGUAUAGUGCAUUCGUGGUAGGAAAAAACGAACACGUGGAAUACAUCGUCGGGGAGGACAAUGAAGUUAGGGAAGUGGCCCUUGGAAUCGAGUAUAUUCCAUUUUUUCUGAAUUACGUCCCAAGUUUGACUCAAAUCGAAGCUACACGCAAACCUUUGUAUUUAGAAAUUUCAUAAUCUGUAUAUAUUUCACUGGUUAUCUUUUUUUUUUCUUUUUUUGAAUAAAUGUUAAAUUUGUAUUCAUAAAAAAAAUCUUUAUACAUCAAAGUGCAUCAUCCUUUAAUCUAAUUUAUAUACUCCAAACUGAAUUCACUCCUUAUAAAAUAUUCACCUUCUUGUACCAAACCAUACUUGUAAUGUACCUUCCAUUCCCUUCACUCUCUUUGAUCUCAACUGACUCAACUUAUUCUCACUCCCUUAUCCACCAUUUUCUUCAAGAUUGUCAACGGCAACAUUUUUUCUCCAUGUCUGACUUUGUUUCUUUCACGCCACAAUGCAUAAAUUGCAACCUGAAAGGUAUACCGGAGACAAAAGAGCAGCUUAUUUUCCAUCGAUCUACCAGCGAUUAGUUGCACUAUAUCAGACCAAGAGUUUGUAAAGGAGGUUCCCAUGAUUCCUCUAGUGAGGCUUUCCCAAACUUGAGAUGAGUAGGCGCACUAAAAAAACAAAUGAUCUCUAUCUUCCGGUGCACUCUUGCAAAGCACACAGGUAGUGUCCACUCCAUGAUUCCACCGGACGAUCCUAUCCAUUGUAGACAAUUUGUUCAAGUUGGCCAACCAAGCCAUAAACGCAUACUUAGGUGUAGCCUGCAAGAACCAGAUACACCGAGCCCAAUCACAUUUGUCCUUUGUUUCUCGAAUUAGCCUCCAAGUCUCUCAAGACGAGAAAGAGGCUUUGAUCGAUCUUCUUUAACUACAAAAUGCAGAGGAUUUGACAAAGCCAACACAGAAACUUUGGAUACUUGUUUUUAAAGGGUUGCUAGACCAAAGCCUCUUUCCGAGGACAAAGGUUUCCGUAUUUUUUUUUUCAUUUUCAAUCUUUUUACUUGUCCAUCAAACCAACUUACUUGAAAUAAUUUUAAAAAAAACCUUAAGGUUUGUUUAUUGACAAAUAUAACCCCUAAAAGUUUAAACAACAACAAUCAGCUACCAGUAGACAGCUGGAGACGUCCGUUACUACGACAAACGAGGUCAUGUGCCGGCUAAAGUUUGAUUUUUUUUAUGUAACCAUCUUAAAAUUAGCUCAUGAAAGUGCUUCCAAAUAACCAUUUUAAAAUUAGCUCAAAUUUCUUGAAAUGACUUCCAAAUAAUUCAGAUUAUGCUUAUAUCUCAUUUUUCUUCAGAAGAGAAACGACAUCCUGCUCAACCUAUCCAAGAAAAUGAAAUAUAGAAACAGAUACAAGAAGUUUCUUAUUGAAAUCAGAGACGAUCAUCCACCGUGGUACGUGUUAGCUUUGUUUGUUUGAUAACCCCUUACUAUUUUUUUGUAUCUCUUCUUUUCUAACUCUUUUUCUUUGUAUGUAUGUAUGUCAAACCUUAUCUCUUAGUAAAUCCUCACGAGCACAUGCAAAGAAAAAAGAACCAGUGACUGUUGAUGCAUGCUCCAUAUGCAAUAGACAAUUUUUUUCAGUCAGAAAAAAUUAGUGAAGCAUGAGAGGACCUUUCGUGAGAUAGAGGAGAAGCAAACAUGCCGGAACAUCUUUAAUCAUGCUGUGAGGAAACUAAGAACACCCAUAGUUAAAGUUGCAAGUUCUUGGGAAAAAUAAUCCAAAGUGUUGAUGCAUGCUCCAUAUGUAAUAUCAGUCUUUGGUUUGCAUGGUUUGUCUUGUAUUGGGAAGCCAAGAUCACCUUGUAGGCAAACAACACCAAAAAAUCAAAUUGUAAUACUAGAUUUUCUCCCUUCUCAAAGUCUCCAAUUUAUCAAUAGAUGCACUAAAAGUUGACAUCUCAUCAAUUUUUUUAAAAAAAUAUUAAAUCUAAUAACUUAAUUUUCUAUAUCGCCAAAAUUCUUUAUCAAGCAUCAAAUAAAUAGCAGUAGUAAAUUAGCACGUGUUAAUCUAUCUAAAAAUCUAAAGAUCUAAUUCAUCAAUAUACAAGGGUUAUACGAAUUUAACUAAUUAGGUAGUUUUUGUUAAUAUUUUAAUAAAGUUAUUAGUCACAUUCUAACACACAUAUAUAUUACUGACAUAGAAAUUAAAUUAGUAUUUCAUCAGACAUGGCAAAUCAUAAGGUAGUGAAACUAUCCCUUAAGACAUCUAAUAUGAAGGUGCAACGUUAGUUCAGUUUAUUCUAAACUUUUUAAUUAAUUUUGCAUGUUAGACCUCCAUAACCAAACAUAGAAAAAUGUUAUCAAAAUAUUCAAAAAUCGACUUAUCAGUUAGUCUAGUGAUCUAUAUAUCAAUAUCUCUACAUAAAUAAAUUAUGUUUUUCUCUUUUCUCAAACUUCCAACUCAUCAAUGGAUGCAGUUGACACCUCAUCACAAUUUGUUUUUAAAUUAUUAAAUUAAUUUAGUUCAACCAAUAUUUUAAUAUCAAUCAUUCUACAACAUGUAUUAAUUUAAAAUACAUAAUAAAUUAAAAAUACAUAAAUUUCAAAAAUAAAUAAAUAAAAUCAUAAAAAUAAAAAAAAUAUUAACUAUACAUAUAAAAUAGACUUUUCUUUCUUCUCAUGAAGCAACCUAGACAAAUGGCACCAAAAUCUAACAAUUCAUCACCAAUUUUAAAAUUUUAUAAAUUCUUUCAUUUUUUUAUUUAUUAUUUGGUCAAAAUAUUUAACAAACCAUUUAAUGGUUCACAAAUUUUUGUUCUAAUUACAUGUUUUCAUGAUGACAUCAUCUAGAAAUAAAAUAUAUCAUUUAAUAUUUAAAUCUAAAUUUAUCUACAUAUAAAUAUAUUUAAACGAAUAUGAAAUAUCAUUUUUUCUUUUCAUGAUGGUUAAUUUUAUGUGUAUAUUACAUAAUUUAAGAUUUAUUUAUUUUAAACUUAUAUAUAUGUGUGUGUGUUUAAAUUAAUAAGAGAUAUCUUUAAUGAAUUUUAGCAUGUUAUAUACACAACUAAAAUAAAUAAAAACUUUAUUUGUCAAUUUUCUGUUGUAAACUGAAACUGAAAUCUUUUUUUAAUUAUAUUUUAAUUUUAAAAUUAAAAACUGAUUACUAUAAUAUAUUUAACACUUUAUAUUUCCAAACUUUUUUAAAGGGAUAUUCUGUUAAUUAUUAAUGUUACAUAUUUAAAAUCUCAUUACAUAAUAAAUAUUAUAAACAUGAUAUAUAUCAGUCAACUUUCUGUUUUCAAAAAAGUUUUGUAUUAGUCAAAAUGAAACUAGAAUACAUAAUAAAUAAAAUAAAAAUAAGAUAAGAUAAUUUUUAUAAUAAACAGUUAUCGUAAAUUGUUAAGUAAAUAACAGAAUAAUUAUUUAUAUAAUAAAACCAACAUAAAAUAAUAUUACAAAAAGGAAAUAAAAUAAAAUAAUA